AUGUCCCCAGUCUUGCUGUGGACGGGGAAGGUUGGCGAUGCGUCGGCGUUCCGUGUCUGGGGAUCUCGGGCGUUUGUCCGUGACUUGUCUGCGGACAAACUGUCCCCUCGUGCUGCUCCCUGUGUCUUCCUUGGCUUCCCCACUGACGCUCCGGGGUGGCAGUUUUACCACCCCUCCUCUCGUUGUGUUCUGUCCUCCCAGGACGUCACGUUCGACGAGUCAGUCCCCUUCUACCGCCUCUUCCCCUACCGCACUCCUUCCCUUCCCCCGCCGCCGGACUUCCUUGUCCCGGUUCCCCCCCCGGUAGACCCCCUCCCCCCUCAGGUUGCUGCCCCCUCAGGUGUGUCCCAGGUAGACGCAGUUGACCCGGUCGAGGUUACUGGUGACUCUGGUGCUGCUGCGGGUGCUGAGCCUGGGGGUGCUGACUGUGGGGGUGUUGUACGCGGGGGUGCCGAGCCUGGGGGUGCUGCUACUAGGGUUGCUGAGCCUGGGGGUGCUGGGCCUGGGGGUGCUACUGCGGAGGGUGCUGAGCCUGGGGGUGCUACUCCGGAGGGUGCUGUGUCUGGAGCUGCUGAGCCUGGUGGUGCUGCGUCUGGAGCUGCUGAGCCUCGGGGUGCUGCAUCUGGAGCUGCUGAGCCUGGGGUUUCUCCUGGUGCUGCGUCUCGGCGGGAGCCCCUCUCUCCACAGGAGUUGCGUGAGUGGUUUGCUCGCCGCUGGAGGCGUGCUGCUGGAGCUGGAGCUUCUUUGACCGUCGAGGGUGCUGGUGCCGCCGAUCCCGGAGCUGCUGGGCCUGCGGGUCCUACUGGAGCUGGGGCUGCUGAGGGUGUUGGUGCUGAGACUACUGCUGUCUGUCCUGGCGGUGGUUCUGUUACUGGUGCUGCUGGAGGUCCUGCCGCAGGAGGUGUUGGUGGCGCUGGUGCUGCCGGUGAGGGUGCUAGUGCUGUCCCUGCUGAGUCUGGAGCUGCCGCGCGGCCUCGGCCGUACUUCGUUCCGCUCCUGCAGCAGGUUCUUAGUCUUUCUCCUCCGGUAGAGUGUCCACAGCCUGUCCAGUCGCAGUCACUGUUGGAGCCUUCCUCCCCACUGCCUGCUCCCUCUCCUUACACUGGUCCUACUGGAGGUCUUGCUGAGCGUCGUGAGCCUGCGUCUCGUCCCGCGUCGCCUGUUCGUGCUGCUCGCGCUAGUGGUCGCGGUUCGCGUCAGCGUCCUCCUCCUGUCCCUGGCACGCACCGGAUGUCUCUGCGUCCGUCCACUGCUCCUCUGCGUGCCCCUUUGCCUUCUCCUUUUGAGUCGGACUCCCUUCGUGCUGCCAGUCCUACUGUCACGCGUCUCCUUGCUACUGUCGUCACUGACCUCUCUUUUGAGUCCACUGCUGCGUCUGCUCUGGUCGCUGAGCUCGUCGACUUUGCUGCUCGCUGUCCUCUAGACUACGCUGCUAGUCUUGUUGCUGAGUCUGCGUCUGUCUGUCCUCCGUCCGUCGGGGGUGAAGCGGCCGCCGGGCUCUCCACCUGUCUUCAAGGCGCGGUACUUGCUCGUGGCUUCAGUCAGCGGCAGGGAGUUGACUACUUUCAGACCUUCUCUCCCACCUCGAAGAUGACCACUCUUCGGGUGCUGCUGCACAUAGCCGCUCAGCGCGACUACGAGCUUCACUCUCUCGACUUCAGCACUGCGUUCCUGCAGGGUAGCCUGCACGAGGAGAUCUGGCUGCGCCGUCCACCUGGCUUCACUGUGACUUUCCCUCCUGGCACCCAGUGGAGCCUCCGACGGCCAGUCUACGGUCUCCGCCAUGCACCACGUGAGUGGCACGACACACUGAGGACUACGCUUGCGGCUCUUGGGUUUGCUCCUUCUACUGCUGACCCGUCGCUGUUUCUGCGCACCGACACUUCAUUCCCGCCGUUCUACAUCCUCGUGUACGUCGACGACUUGGUCUUUGCCACAGCGGACACUGCUGGACUCGCCUACGUGAAGUCCGAGCUGCUGAAGAGACACACAUGCACAGACCUGGGUGAACUGGGCAACUACCUUGGCUUGCAGAUCACUCGGGACAGAGCACGCCGCACCAUCACCUUGACUCAGUCAUACAUGGUGCAGCAGGUCCUUCAGCGCUUCGGCUUCACGUACUCCUCGCCUCAGGCCACUCCUCUGUCUACUCGCCACUCACUCUCAGCUCUGCCUUCGGAUGAGUCCGUAGAGUCGAGUGGCCCAUACCCAGAGCUUGUUGGCUGCCUCAUGUACCUGAUGACCUGCACACGACCUGACCUUGCAUACCCUCUGAGCAUUCUUGCACGCUAUGUUGCUCCUGGGAGACACCGACCAGAGCACAUGGCUGCAGCGAAGAGGGUAUUGCGCUACCUGUGCAGUACGUCGGGCAUGGGGCUAGUGCUUGGAGGGCGGAGUCCAGUGGUCCUUACAGGCCACGCGGACGCUUCUUGGGCUGACGACCAGGCUACGCAGCGGUCGUCACAGGGUUACACCUUCAGUCUUGGUUCCGGCUCUGUCUCGUGGCGGGCUACUCGUUCGUCUUCGGUUCUCAGCUCCAGUUGUGAGGCUGAGAUCUACGCCGGGGCCAUGGCUGCACAGGAGCUUCGCUGGCUCACCUACCUGCUGACUGACCUUGGAGAGCCGCCUCGUUCUCCUCUAGUGCUGUACGUAGACAACAAGGCCAUGCUGGCCUUGUGUCGAGAGCAGCGUCUGGAGCACAGAACGAAGCAUAUUGCUCUUCGCUACUUCCUUGCUUGUGAGCUACAGCAGCGUGGACAGUUGCGGCUUGCGUACGUGGCCUCUGAGGCCAACACUGCUGAUGUGUUCACCAAGGCACUCGCGCCUUGUGACCAUCAGCGCUUCUGCACCCAGCUGGGUCUUGUGCCUGUCUUGCCUCACUUGCUCUCCUCUUGA